UCCCACCGACGUGGGUGAUGUCAUCACUGUGCGACGGCGCGUUCAGCGAGGUUGGUUUGGAGCGGGCUUGACAGGAGGCACAUCAGGACAAUAUCUGAGUGCAGUUCCUCUUAAUCAUUUCUGAGAUGAGUUUCGUGGAGUAUGGGGAAUACAUUCAGGAAGGUGACAUUUCCAUUGUCUUCCUGGGUCAUGAAUCCAUGUUUCCUAUCAAAGUCCAGCAUGGUGCCCAAACACAGACCCGGUAUGGUGUGAUCCGUCACUCAACAGACCUGAUUGGAAAGAAGUAUGGCUCCAAAGUAACAUGCAGCAAAGGAGGCUGGGUAUACAUUCUUCACCCAACCCCGGAACUGUGGACUGUGAACUUGCCCCACCGUACCCAAAUCCUGUACUCGACAGACAUCUCUAUGAUCUUGAUGAUGCUGGAGCUAAAGCCUGGGUCGAUUGUCUGCGAGUCAGGUACUGGCAGUGGCUCUCUGUCUCACUCCAUUAUUAGAACCAUCGCCCCCACAGGACAUCUGUACACAGUGGAGUUUCACCAGCAGCGAGCUGAGAAAGCAACUGAAGAAUUCAUUGCCCACCGUGUAGCACACUUGGUUACAGUAAAGAAUCAGGAUGUGUGUAAAGAUGGGUUUGGAGUGGUUGGCGUUGCCGAUGCUGUGUUUCUGGACAUUCCUUCACCCUGGGAGGCCAUAGUACAUGCCAAGGCUGCCAUCAAGCAGGGAGGAGGACGCCUCUGUUCUUUUUCUCCGUGCAUUGAACAAGUGCAGAGAACCUGCCUCGCCCUGUCGGAGUGUGGCUUUGAGGAGAUCAGCACCAUGGAGGUGCUGCUGCGUGUUUAUGAUGUGCGUACUGUCAGCCUGCCUGUGCCUGACCUCGGGAGUGAGCCGCCGGGGAGCCAGCAGUCCACAGUGACAUAUAAGAGUGCUGUAACUCCCAAAGAAAUGGCCGGCCACACAGGCUAUCUGACAUUUGCCACCAAAAGUCUACUGUGAGCUCUGCAGGAAGCAGCCUACACGCACAUACACGCACAGGCACAAGCAGCCUCCAUAAAUAGUCAAAACUUGGGAACAUCAAGAAGACAGUUUACAGAGGAGCUGCCUGCUCUGGAGAUUAAUGAUAAACAUUGGGAAUGGCUGUUGGGAGGGGGAUGUGCCAGAGCCACUUGGCAUUAUGGGAUACAGUUUCAUUGAGUUUAUCGUUUAAUUUUAUUUUUUUUGCAGCUGUGUAUUUUUACAUAGUAUACAGUAUUUGGUUUGAUGAAUGAACAGACGUAUGUGGCUUGAGAAGAGAUUAAAUGAUUUUAUUUGA